AAAGUGAUUGGUAGACAAGAUGGCACUCGUGUAGUGCACACGCAGGGAGUCUUUUGCACAGCGUUUUGAAGGGUAGUCAGUGUCUGCUCCUCCGCCUCCUCGCAUUUCUCGAAAAUAAAUCAAAAUCUGAUCAGGCAGAAGAUUAGAUGGGGACAUUAGGGAGAGCAAUCUACAGCGUAGGAUUCUGGAUCCGUGAAACCGGUCAAGCACUUGAUCGCCUUGGUUGCCGGCUUCAAGGAAACUACUACUUCCAAGAACAACUAUCUAGGCAUCGGACGCUCAUGAAUGUAUUUGAUAAAGCUCCUGUUGUUGAAAAGGAUGCGUUUGUAGCCCCUAGUGCAUCUAUAACUGGCAAUGUUCAUGUGGGAAGAGGUUCUUCCAUUUGGUACGGCUGUGUUUUGAGAGGUGAUGUUAACAGCAUCAGUGUUGGGUCUGGAACCAAUAUACAAGAUAAUUCUCUUGUUCAUGUUGCAAAGUCUAACUUAAGUGGAAAGGUUUUACCAACCAUCAUUGGGGAUAAUGUUUCUGUUGGUCAUAGUGCUGUUUUACAUGGAUGCACUGUUGAGGAUGAAGCAUUUGUUGGUACGGGUGCAACCCUGCUAGAUGGGGUAUGUGUUGAGAAACAUGCCAUGGUUGCUGCUGGAGCUCUUGUGAGGCAGAAUACUAGGAUUCCCUCUGGGGAGGUGUGGGGAGGCAAUCCAGCUAAGUUCCUGAGGAAGCUCACAGAAGAAGAGAUGGCCUUCAUCUCCCAAUCAGCAUUAAAUUAUGCCAAUUUGGCACAAGUUCACGCAGCAGAAAAUGCCAAGGGCUUUGAUGAAAUUGAGUUUGAGAAGGUGCUCCACAAGAAAUUCGCUCGCCGUGAUGAAGAAUACGAUUCAAUGCUUGGAGUUGUUCGGGAAACACCUCCAGAGCUUAUUCUUCCCAGUAAUAUGAUGCCAGACAAAAUGCCAAAAGCUGCUUGAAGUUUGGUUAUUCCAUUGAAGGUUUGUCCUCGUGAGAUUCAUGUCAACGGAUAGUUUGUUAUGUGGGGGUUUAAAGAGAAGGCUUCUUUUCAUUCCAAUAAUUUUGGGGGUUGAAGUGCUAAGGUCAAAUUAUACUGCAUAUUUCAGGCGUUUGGCCAUGCUCAUCCUCUUUGUUUUUGAGACUUGAGUUUCUUAUCCUUGAGAGAGAGAAAGAAAGAUCAACAGAACACCUUCCGGACCUUAUCAAGAAAGCCCUCAUGUAUUUGUACUUGCAGACCGUAAUUGCUUUGCAUAUGUUAACCAGAAAUAAAGAAUGUGGAAUCAGGUGCUUUUGGUCC